GUAACAGAUCGCUUUUUCAACGCGUAUCUCUUAAUCCAACUUCGCUCGCUGAUUAUCAGCACCGGAGAACAGAAAAUCAAAAUUCGUAUGGAUUAAUUCUCUUUUAACUCAAUCAUAAUUAGGUCAUCGAUUUGAAAUCUUCACUUUCUAUAACCUCAGAUCUAUUUCGCAUGUGCUUCGAUCUUCGAUCGGUUCCGAUCGAACAAAGGAUUUUUUAUUUUUGUUCUCUGGCUUCUUUGGUUAGAAUUAGGGUUUCGACGAGCAAGAAAUGAUGAAUUCGGUACCCGCUGGACUCUUCUUUUUACGUCAUUUGGUUCUAUUUCACGCUGGAUCUUCUUUUCAUCGUCGUAAGCAUCUUUCAAAAGGUGAUAGGCGUGGUAAUCUUAGUUAACCCUACGUUUUUUUUCUGCAAUUCGUUUUCUCGAGUUUUUCUAUCUCUUUUCGGAAUAUUUCUUUUGGUUUUGUUCUUUUCGAUUCGUGGUUUCUUCGAUAGUUUGUGGUUUGGAGGAAAUUCGUUGACGUAUUAGAGGCUUUUGGCAUUGAGGUGACUUCAAAGACCGUGAAAGCUUUCUGUUUCGAGAGUUUUGCUAUUUGAAUUGAAUCUACAAAAAUCGUUGUUUAAGAGUGGUCCUAUACAUUUGAUGGACAUCCACUCUCUCAUUAAUGCUGUGGAUGAUGCCAUCAUAAGUAAACUUGGAAGCACUUUUGCUACGUCCUUACAUGUGCAAGAUGAUCAGAAGUUAGAACAUGUACCUGACAAGGUUGACAUUGGUGACUGUCAUGAUGGGGAGGGGCGUGAAUUUGAUGGUUUUGAACAACAAGAAACCACACUGAAAUUGAUGAGCUUGAAGGAGUAUUCAACAUUUCCUUAUCCUGAUAUAGUGUUGCCUUCAAGCUCUUCUGAUGAUGAGGAGGCUGAUAUACCACCACUGGCAAAAUCACCCUCUAACCAAUCUCUGCAACAAAGUUACUCGUGCUCGGAAUCUCAACCAGCAUCUCCAAAACUUGUAUCUGCAAUGAAGGGUAGCCGUGAGAAACAUGGAGGAUCAGAAAUGAAAUUAUCUGUUAAAUGGGCCCCUGAUGUGUAUGAUCCGAUACCAACAUUAUCAUCACAUACUGUGAGAAUCAAGAAACAGCCUAAAUCUAGGAUCAAGAAGAGUGAAAAGAAAUAUGUAAAGAAAGGUCAGAAGGGCAGCUACUCUAAAGUGGGUAGCGGCAAAGAUAAGAAGCAGCACUAUCGCUAUAGCUGGCCGGAAUCUUGUGGCAAAGGAUUUGAUGCUUCAAAGGAAUUAAAUAAUCUUGAUGUUGUUGGCCAUGAUUCAUACGAAGAAAUUAGCAACUCAAAAAUACCAUCUACAGAAAAGCCUUGUCAUGUUGGAGAAGCGCUUAGUAACAUCCUUGAUUUUGUCUCCUAUAUCAAGAGUGCAUAAGUUCCAAUUUGUAUUAUAUAUCGUGAUUGCAUAGGUAAUGUGAGAAGAGCUUAUAAUUUCACGGUUAAAGACCUGUUUAGUGCUACUAUCAUAUAUAUACAAAGCAGCCUGUGGUAUUAUAUUCUUUUUGGGUUGAAUAAAUGUGUGGCAACUCUUGUUUGAUGUA